AUGACCUUAACAAUAGAACAAGAGGUCGAACGGGUCUGGCACGCUAAAAAGACGCUCAUGACUACCCUGUUUUUCCUGAACCGCUACAUUCCGCCCAUUGCUUUCGCGGUCGACGUUUACGGGGAAUAUUUUGCCCCAUCAGCAGCGACAGCAGUACGUGACAUUAAAAUAUUUUACUGCAAAGGCCAUCUCUUUCAGGUUCUCAUGCUCGAUCUUGUUGAAGUCGGGUUCAUUGAAUGCACCCUGAUCAUAUGCACGCACGCGCUGUUCCGCAAACGACUACUGUUAUGGUUUCUUAUUUUUCUAAGUGUCAUCGCGGCAAUCAUGAACCUUGUAUGCUUUGCUGUAUUCCUUCCUCGGUGUGAGAGCUGGACCAUCGGGGUUUACCUUGGGAUUGGAGGCUGCUUAGGCGUCUGCUCUGAGGAUCUCUUCUAUGUCAUCCUCACCGCCUCCUGGAUACCCCUUCUACUACUGGAAAUAUUAACCUUUGUCCUCACGGCAUGGAAAUCGUAUCAAUCAUUGUCUCCAUACAGUACCUCCUGGACAAAGCGGGUCAUUCGGACUAUCAUGCGAGAUCGUUUGAUUUACUUCAUCGCGAUCAUCGGUAUCACAGUUUUGAACUUCCUCGCGAUGUGGGCGAUGACAGUUCCUAUCACACCAUAUACGGUUGUCGCUCUUCAAAAGGGGCUACAGCCUGCCAUUUGCACAAGGCUGUUACUCGAUGUACGGGAGGCGGCGGACGCCGAGGAUGAAAAAGAGAAGAAUGAGGGUUCCGGUCUUGGAUCGAUCGCCUUUCGUGCACCGGAAGUAUCCCAGCAGUCGGAAAGCUAUUCUUCAAUGACCCGUAGCCCGCCUUGCCACUCUGGAGUCUUCAAACCUUUUCUUCCACAAACUCGGAGACUUACCACGGAUCGACCUCUUCCAAUUCACUUUUUCACUACUGAUCAAGAGCUACGAUGCUGUUUCACGGAGGACGACACAAGACCAACGCAAGAUUUGCGAAUGAUGAAUUCGGAAUACCUGUGUUUGACUGAGCCACGUUAUCCAGUCGAUGCCCGGAAUUCUGAGUCUGACAAGAUAAUCACUCGCAUGUCUUCCUUUCAACCCCAUAUCAGCGGUUCAAUGGCAUCCCAGCCUUUGGUAUCUGGUACUCCAAUCCUUUGUGCAUUAGACGUUGGUGAUCGCUUCGAAAGACAACGGGAAACGCAAAGAGCGGAGGAAAUAGCCAAGGAAGAAGAAAGGCUGGAGCCUAGUAUCGCGUCGCUGAACCAAUACAACCCACCCCCACCAUCGCCCAUUCGCACUCCUUCUAACCUUGCUGGCGUCUGUCAACGUAAGGAUCUUAUCCCCGAGAGCCUUCUCUGCCUCUGGACGAAACCGAUCUUCUCUCUCCAAGCCGAUAUUCCAGACUGUGGCGGACUUGGAGGUCGGAACUUCGGAGCCGAAUGGCCCAGUUUUGACGAAGAGAGGAACAAAGCACGGGCACUUAACGACGUGCUCGUACUUCAUUCUACGCGGUGCAAGUUGAUCGACUUCAAUCUUCUCCGCGACUUCUCGCUGCCAUCCGUCUCGAAAGACCUCGCCCCCAGUAUGCCGACGCCGCUCUCUCUCUCGCUCAAGUGCGAUAUGGACGUUGCAGAACCUUCGCCUCAGUGGUACACAAUCGGCGAGCUUGAGGCCGCGAACAAGAUUGUCGCACCGCUCUUUCAGGCGCUCUGCCUAGCUCAUCAACAUCGACCUGCCCUACCUAGAUCCCGACAUUUCGCUCCCGGAGCGUCUCCGAACGGGCACCUUCUCAAUGGACGAGCCGACUACCUGGGCUCCACGGCGGAGGCGGUCGAAGCGCUCUGCAAAUCUAAGAGCCUUACAGAGCCUGGAUCAACUGGCGUUUACUGGACCCCAGUGGAUGGGUUGGGUCCGUGGAUCCCUGGAGAGCACAGGAGGUGGUUUUUGGGCCUGCAAAUUGGCCCACCAUUCCUGGGUGGCGAUAGCGUAAAUUUGGAAUAA